AUGGACCACGACAGCGGGUCGGAGCACGAGGACGUAGAGCGCGUAGUGCGUGAGGCACCCAAACGCCUUGGCGAGUCGAAGCCCAAGCCUAAGAAGGAGAAGGUCAAGCAUGUAGGCAAAUACACGCGUGGAGUUGGCGUUUCCAUUCGCGGAAUCCGCGACAAGAAGCUGAAAGGCUCCCUACAGCGCGCUCACGAGAAGCAAAAACUUGCGGCCGAGUCUGCUGCCAAAUCUGAGAUUCUGCUACCCGAUCAGGCCGGUUUUCUUGAAGCUGAAGGUAUUGAGAAGACGUACAAGUUCACGCAGCGGCAGCUUGCGGACAAUGUGGACGUUAACACAGCGCGCAAGAUAUUUAGUCUGGACCUGCCUGACUACGGCUCCUACCGCGUCAAAUACACGCGCAAUGGUCGCAACUUGCUGCUCGGCAGUCAGAAAGGCCAUUUGGCGCAAAUGGACUCGCUGCGCAUGAAGCUCACGUGCGAGUUCCAGGCCAACGACCUUGUGCGCGACAUCAGCUUUUUGCAUAACGACUCGCUCUUCGCCGCAGCGCAGAAGAAGAACGUGUACAUUUACGACAACACUGGAGCCGAGGCGCAUUGCAUCCGCACCAUCCCAGAGCCGCGCAAGAUGGAGUUCCUACCGUACCACUUCCUGCUGUCGUGUGUGAGCGGCAAUGGAUUGUUGACUUACCACGACGUGACGGAAGGGAAGCAGGUGUCCACACACCGCACCAAGCAGGGACUGUGCGAUACUAUGGCUCUGAAUCCCUGGAAUGCCGUUGUGAACCUUGGCCACGCGAGCGGAAUCGUGACUCUUUGGACGCCCAACAUGUCAGAUGCUGUCGUCAAGAUGCAGUGCCAUCAGGGGCCGAUUCGCUCCAUGGGCAUUGACAACAGUGGAAAGUAUCUGGUUACCGCUGGCGCAGACAGGAAGGUGAAGGUGUUUGAUCUGCGUAAGUACCAGGAGCUAAACAGCUAUUACCUGAGUGCGGCAGCCAAUACAAUGAGUGUGAGUCAGCGUGGACUCGUGGCAGUGGGCUUCGGUCCCAACGUGCAUGUGCUCAAGAGCACCUUCUCGUCGGGAUCGCCUAUCCGGCCAUACAUGACGUACCAGAUUCCGGGCUCUAUGAUCAGCUCGCUGGCGUUCCGUCCUUUCGAAGAUGUGCUGGGUGUUGGCCACGCCACGGGCUUCAACUCCAUCGUGAUUCCUGGCUCGGGAGAGCCCAACUUCGACACAUACGAAGCCAACCCGUAUGAGAACCACAAGCAACGUGAUGAGUCGGAGGUGCGCUCGCUUCUGGAGAAGAUUCGUCCGGAAAUGAUCACACUGGAUCCGAACACUAUCGGUCGUGUGGACAUGGAUCCGGCCGAGGAGCAGGAGAAGAAGAUUUACCAAAUGCAGCGAGCCAACGGAGACGCCACCGCCAAGAAGCCCAAGAAGAAAAUGCGUGGUAAGAACCGUCCAUCGAGGCGACUACGUAAGAAACAGCAGAACGUCGUCGACGCCCAGAAGCAGCAAUUCCGUGAGCAACUAGCCAACAAGCAGAAACGCCAAGAGCGACAGGAACAACAGCGCGAGUGGAAUGAAAAGGCUGAGAGUGCACCCACGGCACUCAACCGGUUCUUCAAAAAGUAGAUGCAUAGACACACUGUAAUACACACGCAGACGCAUUAGACGCCCC